AUGCGCACGGUUCAGGUCACCACUCCCACCGGGCAUACCAUUACGGUCCUUGCGCGCAUGCAUAUCUACGACAUCAUACGCAUGUACCCAGACGAAUUCCCUAGUGAUGGGCAUCCGUUCAUCGUCUGCACGGUCAACAACGAACUUACCUCGCUUUCCGAAAAGGUGGGCGUUAAUUGCACCCUUGUCCCAUACUCUGUGGCCACAACGGAUGGCGCGGAGUGCUAUCGCAGGUCGCUGAUCUUCGCUUUGGGCAAGGUCUGGUCUGAGUUGUUCCCCCAAGACUCACUUCAGAUUUCUCACUCGCAGGGCCACUCCUACUAUCUAUACGUUGAUAAUAGCUCCAAGAAUCUUCAGAUGGAGGAUAUAAAGACCACGGACAUCUGUGCACAUGGCCCAAAGGAAGAUGCUAAUCACGACGUCUGCAUAACAAAUGCUUCAUCGAUGUUUUUCAGCAAUGACAAACAUAUUACGGAAGAGAUCGUUACCAAUUUGCGACAGGAGCUGAACUUGUUGAUCAAGGCUAACCGCCCUAUCUCUAGCAACAUUCCCAUGAAUGCUAAUGACUUGGAGACAGCCUUGGAGAGCGUCUCGGACUAUAACUCUGUCGCCCUCCUCAAGUCCCUCAAUGAGGUUCGUGUGAUGACCGUAAGGUGCGACGACUAUGUGCAAAUUUAUCACACUCCUCUGGCACCUGUCACAGGUCUUCUUAAGUACUACGAUCUUCAUACUUACAAAGAUGGGUUUGUCAUAAGCUUCCCAUCUAAACGCUCCCCUACUGAGCUCAUUCCCUUCAAGCCCAAUGAACUGUUACACGACGUAUAUAGCGAAUACACGCAGUGGAUCCGCGUCUUGAAAGUUCGGACUAUCGGGCACUUGAACAAUUUGUGCUACAAGGGCAUGAUUAAGAGUUUCAUCCAAAUCUGCGAAACCAUGCAGAACAAGAAGCUUGCUGAGCUUUGUGACGUAAUUGCCAACAAUAGAGAGUAUCUUCAGCAAUACCAGAAGGCUACGCGAGCCGCCAACUACACUCUCGGGAUGAGUCUCCGAAUCGACGGAGACAGUGGUGUGAACUCCCGUAGCAUCAAGGUAGACUCUAAAACGAUGUCACAGGAGCUAGUGGACGCAAGGGUGUCUACUAGCUCUACUGGCACAUCGGAUUCUGAAGUGGAGCCCGGUAUGCUGACCUCUGCCGAAGUGUCUAAUUGCUAUGCACCCGUCUCUAACAUUGAGGACAAGGAGAUCAAGGUUGUAUUCAUAUCAGGUCCAAGCUCUAGCGGCAAGACGACCUUCGCCAAGAAGCUCGCAUAUAAUCUCAAGGUUAUGGGCCGCGAACCUCUUAUCAUUUCGCUUGACAACUAUUUCGUUGACCGGGAGAAGACCCCACUGGCAGAGGAUGGGAGCUAUGACUUCGAACAUGUUAACGCCCUGGAUCUUGAUCUCUUUAACGAUCAUCUCGAGGCACUUAUCAGCGGAAAGAAGAUUCUCAGCCCAAUCUUUGAUUUCAGGACAGGUACAAGAAAGCAAUCCACCAUAGAAAUGAUAAUGCCUUUCAGGGGGAUCAUCAUCAUCGAGGGCAUCCACGCUCUCAAUCCUCUCCUCAGCAGGAGAAUCCCUCUGCCUAACAAGAUCUUGGUCUUUAUUGCUCCCUUCACUGCCAUCAACAUGGACGACCGCAUGCGGAUCUCCUCCAGGGAUUGUCGCCUUAUCAGACGCAUUGUGCGCGACAACAAUUUCCGCGGUUUCACGGCUGAAAAGACAAUCGAGCUACUGAAGAAUUUGCGUGUAGGAGAAGAUAGGUGGAUCUAUCCCCAUCAGCACAGGGCCGAUAUCAUGUUCAAUACGGCGUUGGACUAUGAGCUAUGUGUCCUUAACACGCAUGCCUACCCAUUGCUUUGUGAGAUCAAGCCCGACAGCUCUGCAUACAAGGAGGCACGACAACUUAUCGCCCUCCUAGAAAAAGUUGCUUCCAUUAAUAGCGAGUUUGUUCCUAAAUUCAGCCUAUUAAGAGAGUUUAUCGGCGGAAGCGGCAUGCCAGAUAAGGACUAG